GUAAAUAUCCGGGGGAUGGUUGGCUCCGCAAUGGCUGCGCCGCUGCAGAAUGCAAUGAAGUUGGCUAAUGUAGCCAUACAGCUGGACACCCAAAACAGACACAAGGUAACAUGCAAAGGAUGCUUAUUGUGAAUACUUGAAAAGUAUAAAUUUUAUUUCCCAAGCUCUUCUGGAUGAGGCAGUCACUCAAGAUGGCACUGAGAUUGUUGCAGCAGAUGCACAGAAGAUGCUUAAGUUGGCGGAGCAAUGUUUGGAAAGAGCCAAGUCAACCGCCACUAAGCUUGGCAAAUUAGAAGAAAAGCCUGCCGCCUUGGAACAGCACCGACCUACGUGCAAGCCAGGGCAUCGCAGAGUUCUCUCAGAUGGAGGGCAAGCAACAUCCCCUUUCCUUCCUCCAGAAAUCUUUGAGAAGAUGCAGAUUGCUGACACACAAAACACAAAAAAGGAGCUUACACCAAUGGAAGAGGCAUCUAGACUUAAUCAGAAGCUCAAGGCUACAUACGAAGCAAGACUGGCCCGUCUGAAUCCCAGUCAGGCUAUGCAGAAAACAUCCCUGACCCUGUCUCUACAGCGCCAGAUGAUGGAGAAUCUAAUUAUUGCAAAGGCAAGACAAGAUGCUCUUCAAAGGAAGGUGGAGGAAAGACGUCUCCGGCUACAGGAAGAAGCUAACAGGAGAUUUUCUAGUUCAGCAUGUUUGACUGCAGAAGAACAAGAACAAAGAAUUUUUUACACCAGCAUACUUGAAUAUGAUCAAGAUCAUGAUUGGCCCAAGAAUUGGAAGUCAAAAUUAAAGAAAAAUCCUAAUGAUCUUUCGCUUGUUGUUGGUCUUUUAUCAUGUAUUCUAAGCUGCCCUGAACAUCCUGUCAUGAAGCUUUUGAAGAAACUGCAGUACCGUAUUUACAACAAGCUAUAUAGUAUUGUUAGCCGAGCUAACUGCAGUCACAACUUAGUCCAGAAAUCUCCUGCACAUGUGGCUUCUAUCGGCAAGCAGCACAGCAUGAAGGCUUCACAUAGUAUACACUGCAUGCAGUCCCUACAGGAGAACAACCAAAUGAACAAUGAAAAAAUGAAGCACAGUGUUUCUGUGACAUCUCUACCCCUAAUUGAAGACUACAAUGCCAACACAGACUCUCGAGUUCAAGAGCAGACACAACAUAUUAAUAACCAAGAAACCUCCACAUUAAGUGCUGUUGACAAAGAUGGCUCCUUUGAAGAUCUGGAACAGUUUUUACCACAGUUUCAAGGCCAGCCAGAAAGUCUUCCUAAUCUGUCUUCACAGAAACCAGAAGAGUUUCCAGUUCUGUCUUUGGAGAAUGAUAACCUUCCCCAGCAACUGAAAGACAUUGUCAAAGAUAUUCAUAACUCUAUAGAUCGACUUCUGUCAUUAUGCAUUCUGUCGUUUGAAACUUUGAACAAUGCUGCUGCUAAAGAUCAGUGUUUAGCAAUAUUGGAAGAGGCUUUCUUCACCCCUAUUUGGACACUUUUAUUUGCCUUGUUUAGAAAAGUUUACAUUAAUCGUGAAAUUGCUUUUGAAAGAAGUAUGGCAUUGUACAAAAAUAUGAAGCCCUGUGACAUUGGUGUUAAGUCUAAACUUUUUCCGUCUGAGUCUUCACCACCUUCUGGCUGCUACCCUUAUGAGGUAGCAGUGAUGGAGCUGAAGCAAAUAUCUAAAUUCUGCUAUCCUCAAAAGAAACUUGAAUGUAUUGUGAAAGCUCUACGUUUAAUCUGUGAAUGUGCUGAAGAGUACCGCAAUUCAAACGAGCCAUCUACCUCACACACUUCUGCAGCAAUUGGUGCAGAUGACCUGCUUCCAAUUUUGUCAUAUGUUGCCUUGAAGAGUAACUUUCCACAACUGGUGUCGGAAUGUGCAGCACUGGAGGAGUUCAUCCAUGAAGGGUAUCUAAUUGGAGAAGAAGGUUAUUGCCUUACAUCUAUGCAAAGUGCAAUUGCUUUUGUGGAAUCUUUACAUAAUAAUAAGGGAGGUGCAUCAAAGUAAGCACUACAAAGAAAUGUAAUGGACUGCAUUACACGGAGUUCUUUUCUUAUUGUAUAUAUUGUUCAAAAUGCUAAAGAAUUAUGUAAUAUAUAUAUAUAUAUACUACAUUUGUUAAUUUUUAAUGCAUAACAGUUUAUAUUCUGUGGCAUUCUGAAAAUGUUUUGCUGUUGGUUUACUGAUGUUUCUUGUUUGCACUUUUUUUUAUAUAGUUGCUAAUUUUGAACAAAGUGCCUUUUUUCUUUUUGUGUGUGGAUAUGAGAAAGCACUCCUAUACGUAUAAGGAGUUAAAUGUGAAAUAUAGAUUUUUAGUUUCCCUUGUACAGACUCUGACUAGAAUUGAAAGGGAAAAUUUAGUUUGCAACUACAAUGUUUAAAGUGAACCAUACAGAUAAGUGUAAAUAGGAAUAAGAUUUAGCUUGGUCAAGUAUUUUUUGAAAAUGUGUAAUAUAGAGCAAUUCUAGUUACAUGCUUCUUUACAGUUUCUAAAUUGUACCUUUGCAGUCUUGAAUGUUGAACUUUGUAUAUGAAAUGCCAUAGUUUUUUAACCACUUCCUUUAGUUAGAAGUCUUGGUUAUGAGGUCAUAACAGUUCCAUCCAUGAAGCUCUGAAGUAUUUGUCCGUAGAAGUAGAUGCCUCAUCAUGAAGGUACUUCUUUAACCAUUUAGGUAAUGAAAAUAUGCCUUUGCAUGAUUGAUUUAAUACUGUUUUGUAAUUGGGUUAUGGGGGGAAAAAAUUCUUUGCAGUAGAUAUCAGAAAAACAUCUUUGGGUUUCAGAUUUAGAAAACGUGGACAAUGCAAGUACUUCUAUUAAAUCAUGUUGGUCUUUUUUUGUUUUUUGACAGGUUUAAAGUAAUUGCAUAUUACUUUUUUUCCAUGACUUUUCUAAUUAAUCUGCCAGGCAAUCAGACAGAUUUAGAAUUAGUUUUUUUUUUCUUUGCACUUUACAUGCGGUUUAAAUGCAUCUUCAUAAUUUGGAAGCCUCACUAAGCUGUAAUUUUUCUGAAUUUCCCAAGGGGGAGGUGGGGCACAAAGAAUACUUUUUAUAUAUAUUUGAUGUUUGAAAGGAAUGUAUCUAAUUAAAGCUUGAACAUCUUGUUUCUUUUGAUCUAUAUUUUUCCUAAGCUUUGCUAGCUAUUUUCAAGAAGGAUCUCAUCAAUAGGCAAAUUAAAAGCUGCCCAUAACAAAACAUUCACGCAUUAAUGUAAUGUGUGGUGUGUUUUUAUUAUUUAUUUAUUUAUUUAUUUUGUGAUGUGAACUAAUAUUGUGUUAUUGUGUACAGUUCUUGUAUAAUUCAUAACUCAGUGUUCAGUUUUAACUCUUGUUCUUGCUGUUAAUUUAUUUUAUACUUGUUGAUUUAGCACACUGCACCCAAUUACAACAUAAUUUUCUUUUGUUUUUUUUUUUUUGUUUUUUUUUAAUCUGAUCUUCUGUAUCCUCAUAUUUUAAAUGACAAUUUGUUCGCCAAUCCUGUGACAAAUGUUUUGAAGUGCUUUCUGUUAACCUUUCCAUUCGUGUAGGUGCCCAGUAUGCUGGAUGUAUAUAUAGAUCCAAGAUUGGUCUUUUUGCCAAAAGUCUGCUUUAUUUAGCACGCCUCAUAUAGAAUAAUUAUGCAAUUCUGUUGUCUGUCUUUGUAUCCUGUUGAAGUUAGUUGUCACAUGAAGAUUUAUGUUCAUGUCUUGUAGAAUGCAUUGUUUUAUUAAUUAAUUAAUUGUAAUUUUUGCCUUUAAAUGUUAUUUAAAGAAUAUGGUUACCUAUCUUCACUGAAAAUAUAAAGUAUACAGCGUGAUACCAUAAAUAUAGUUUUUCUACACUUUAUUUUUAGAAAACUAUAAACCAUUUUAAGCAAGAUAAAAUUUAAAAAAAUGAACAUGAUCACAUAUAGAGUUUAUUGUAAAUCUGUGUGUCUCUUGUGUUUAUCAUUUUUAUAAAUUCUAACAAUUUUAAAUUAUGACUUUCAUUGCUGGUAUAUUUAUUAUUUAACCUACUGGAAGAGUCAUGUUACCAUGUCAUCACUGUGACAUUUAUCCAAGUAACUCAUUCUAGUGUUUGUAAUAAUAUUUUUAAGCACAUUUAUGCUUUUCCCUUUUUAGAGUUUAAAUACUGCAUCAAUGUGAUUGGUUUUUUUUUUAAUCACACAUGCAUUCAAUUUACAAUUUAGUUGACAUUUGUAUUGUACAUAUUAGGUUAUAUUAUAAAAAUGAAAUGGUAAUUUGGAAUGAAACUGCUUGUGACCUUCUAAUGCAUUUUGUAAAACUUGUAUUUUAAUGUAUUGCACUGUUAACUGUCUUCUGUGACAUUUGUUCUUGAGGAGAAGAGAGCAUUUCUAAUAAAGGUAGAGCUGCAAAGUCUGCAAAAAUUAAAAGCCUUUUCAAUAACUGCAUGUG